AAAUCAUCCGCGAGAAAGACAACAAUGGCAACUUCUUCUCUUCUCACACUCCUCAACCCAAACCUCUCAACAGUCCCAAAAAUGACUGUAAAGCCCCUGGCUGUCCUCAACAAUUCCAAUAAAAUGAAGGUUCCCUACAAGUUAAAGAAUGGGCAGAGCCGUCUUUUCCACAAGCUUCCUUCUGGACUGAACAUGGAGGUGAUCGAACAGAAGUGUAAUUAUAUAGAUAACCCAAGUGAAAAGCCAGCUCUAGUUUUUGUACAUGGAAGCUAUCAUGCAGCUUGGUGCUGGGCUGAGCAUUGGUUGCCCUUUUUUUCAAGCGUUGGCUACGAUUGCUAUGCUCUUAGCUUGUUGGGUCAGGGUGAGAGUGAUGGUCCUGUUGCUUCUGUUGCUGGCACUCUACAGACGCAUGCAGGUGAUAUUGCUGACUUCAUCCAGGAAAAAUUUAAGCUGCCACCAGUAUUGGUUGGACAUUCAUUUGGAGGCUUAAUUAUUCAGUACUACAUAGCAAAUAUAAGAAAUGAAAAAUUUUCAGUUCUAGAAAUGAAAAAGCUGUUCCCUGAUCUUGCUGGAGCUGUGCUUGUCUGUUCUGUACCUCCUUCAGGCAAUAGUGGGUUAGUGUGGCGAUAUCUCUUUUCGAAGCCUAUUGCUGCUUUUAAGGUGACACGAAGCUUGGCAGCUAAAGCUUUUCAAACUGACCUGUCUCUUUGUAAAGAGACCUUUUUCACAUCGACAAUGGAGGAUCAUCUGGUGAUGCGUUACCAAGAACUAAUGAGAGAAAGUUCAAGAAUGCCAUUGUUUGAUUUACGGAAGCUAAACGCGUCACUUCCGGUUCCUUCAGUGCCAGAAUCUUCCAUUGAAGUUCUCGUGAUUGGUGCAAGGGACGACUUCAUAGUGGAUGCUGAAGGACUUGCUGAAACAGGAAGAUUUUAUGGCGUAUCUCCGAUCUGUGUGGAAGGGGUUGCCCAUGAUAUGAUGAUAGACUGCUUAUGGGAUAAAGGCGCCAAAGACAUCCUCUCGUGGUUAAGUAAUAACUUAAGAAGAUAGUUCAGGUCGACACCAAAGAACUCAUCCGGACCAGAUCCAGCUUCAUUUUGCUGAAUCGAUAAUGUACAUUUUGUAGAUGUUUCUUCCUUCAUAUUGGCAUCUACAGUAGUUCAAAUCAUUACUAUUAGCGAGAUUAUGAUUCAUUUAGAUCUAAUAGUCUAAAAACUAUCAAAAUAUUAGACUUCUGUCUACUUUAAUAUAAAUUUCAUGGUUUGGAUUGAAA